AAAGUACGCAGUUCCAUGAAGAAAAUAGACUUUCAGAAAAGCAAUUAUUAGAAGUACAACGACUUGUUUCUUAGAGAAAAUGUGGAAAUGUAAGAGAGAAUUUAUAAAAACUUGACGUGUGCGUUUCACAAUGUUCUAUCAAUAUAUCGCUUUUAGAUAUUGCAAAACUCGCGACGAUUCUGGAUGGUUUCAGGAAAUCCACGCUUAUACUGCGCGUGCUGGAAGAAAAAAAGACAAAGCAAAGAAGAGAAGACGAAAGAAAGAUGAAAGCCCGGUCGCGCAGGAUAACAAUGGACCACUUGUUAGACAGCUCAUCCCCCGACACUGAAAAUACAACGGAUACUAUUAUCGAUUAUUUAUUGAGACUUCUUAUAGCCAGCGAUUCAGCUGAAAAUAGAUCUGAUGCGGUUAUUUUCGAUUAUCGAUGAAUGCGAACCUUAUCGUCAAUGUCGAGGAACUUCCGCUUCGUCGUACGCAUUUCUCAGAUACGUAUGCAAACGGGUAAAUAGUACUCUGCAAACAGCGAGUCCAUGAUAAAUAUUGGAUGUGAUAGUAGAGAGAAACGUAAUAGAAAUAUAUAAAAAGUAAACGGCAGAUAAAAACGAAGUCUGAUAUGAAAGAUUGAUACUUCCAUCAAAGAAGUGCCUCUACUCUCAAUUAUUGUACAUUCGAUUUUCAACUAUCGCUAAUGUUUCUUUGAUUAUUGAGUAUUUAAAUCUGAAUGGAUUUCAUUAUGAAUGUUUGCGAUAUAACUUUGACGGUUUGUAACGAAUUGAAGAGAAUAAUAAUACGGAUGCGAGAUGUAACGAAUUUUAGAUAUACGGAAGUAAAUCAGUUGACGAGGUGCGAAAAACGGAAGAGAAGAAUAAAGGAAUGAGAAUGAAGAAAAGUGAAGAGAUGUGACAGGAACUGACGAUUGCACGAGAAACCGCAUUGUGCACGCAGCCUUAUUCCACGCGUCGAGCUCGCUCGCUUCGUGCCCCCAAAGGCCCGUCUGCGAGAUCUCUAUCUCGCUCCGCCAGAGAGGUCUCGCCUCUCAGCUCUCGAGGGACCUCCUUCUCAUUGAAGAGUCAGUCAGUCAGUCAGUUCGCCGGAGCGAUACGUUACGCGUGCAUCGCUGCUAUCCACGAGCGAAAGAAGAAGGUAUCGUGCGUGCGUGCGUGUUCUCCGUUCUGUUUUACUGAUCGAGCGGGGUGGACAACCGCGCGUUGAAAUCACCUUCGCGGAGACGCGUGUAAUCGCAGCAGCCGUGUAUCGUGCAAAUCUCCCUUCGAUUUCACGCGCGGAAUCGCACGGCGUCGAAUCGAGCGAUAACAUCGCGCGGAAGGUUGAUCCGCGCGCGGUCAAUCCGGCUGUAAUCGAGCAGCGAGGAGAAGCGAUACAUACGCGUUGCACCGGCGCGCGACACCGGCGUGUGUUGUUGUGCAAAACACCUGGCCCAAGUAGCAGCCGACGGUCCUAGUAGCUGCGACGAUUGGGCUUCGGGCGCAUCGCGCGGCGAUCGCAAUGCGUUCGACCGCGUUCGCCGUGACCACGGUGACAGCGGCGGUCCUGUUCCUGCUCCUGGAGGUGACGAAGCACGGCCACGGCGCGAAACCCGAGCAAAACGAAAAGCCAUUCGGCGAUAUCAGCUUAUGGAUCGACCAGCAGCAGAUCAAGAUGUUAAGCGGAUUCCCCAUGGAAAUCUACGCGAUUGCGGAAGGCAGAGUGCUCAGUUAUCUUUUGGAGCGUGAUUUCGAAAGCAAAUUGCCGAUCAUACCGAGUGAGGUGUCACAGGUGAAUUUCACAUGGAAGUCAGGGGCGAAAAGAUAUUACUAUCAUUUUUUCGAACUACAUUCCUUCGAUGAGUCUAUUUUGGAGACGCCGCGGAUCUCGAUAAAAACAAAAGGACGGGUGCCCAACACACCAGAAGAGUUCAGCGUUGUGCUGCCGUGCGCUGGCAAUUCGGGAAUCGCGCAAUUCGGCAUCGGUCUAGUAAUCGAGAAGCGUAAGAAAAAACCACUAAAUGGGACGCCCCUUCGUUUGCGUCUAAAAAAAGAAUGCACCGUGCGCGGUGAGUUCGUCAGAGCCCACGAUCACCACCUCUUCACUCGCACAUACAAGCCUAAUCCCGUUUCUUGCCCAGAUGGCUAUCUAGGGCCACCUGAAUGCAACAAAGCGCUAUGCUAUCCAAAUUGUAUGAACAACGGUAAUUGCACGGCGCCAGGUGUGUGCUCGUGCCCGCCAGGAUAUCAAGGACCUUAUUGCGAAGGAGGUAUCUGUGCGGAGAAAUGUAUGAACGGUGGGAAAUGUAUACAGAAGGACGUCUGCCUGUGUCCAAAGGGUUAUUUCGGCUUUCACUGCGAAUUCUCCAAAUGUGUCAUUCCUUGUUUGAACGGAGGCAAGUGCAGAGGAAACAACAUUUGCAAGUGUCCAGUGGGAUUUAAAGGUAACCAUUGCGAGAUUGGCAGACGUUCGCAGCAUCGAUCAACGUGCACAAGAGGGUGCAGGAACGGAAUCUGUCAAUCAGACAACACGUGUAUCUGUAAUCGCGGAUGGUUCGGAAAAUUAUGUAACAAAAACAAGCCUUGGGCUUAAAGAGACCGAUGGAAUACUUCCACUGUUGUUUUUCACGCACUGACUGAAUCAUUGAAUGAUUCCUUAAAACGAUAUUCUAAAUUGUCAGGCAGAAACCGCACUAUGAUUAUAACGUAUCUAUCUUGGAAUGUAUGAAGAAAUGAAGAUCUAUGCGCUAAUAGAGAAAGAGUCACCAUGCCAAAAGAUUUUUAGAAUUCCGUUUGAUUUAGUACAACGAUGAAGCGACAAACAUGGAAAAAAAUUCAUAUAUAAUUUGUAUCCCAAGAAAUAUCAAUUGGUCAAAUCAAGGUAAUAUAAAAUUCAUAGUUUCUAAUUCAAUCCGCCCCAGAUGUGAUAUGUAAAGUUGCUUUACGCCAUUUUAUAAUAACAUUAUUGUAUUUAGUUAUUAAUACUUUUGUAUUGUAGAUGUAACGACUGUAAAAACCAGAUAGGAACAAAAUGUAUUUUCUAACAGAAAGCAUGAUUACGAAAUAAUUCAGCAUUAUAGUAAUGUACCUGUGAUGGACUUUUCUGCUCUUACACUAUUUUUUUCUAUGUAUAUCUUAGAAUAUAGGUGAGAAUAAAUCUGAUUUUACAACAAAUGAAAAAUAUGAAUUACUAUUAGAACAAUUUGUACUUAUAAACUGUUUUAAAUUUGUAUUGCUUAUAUAGACAAAGAUACAAUUCAAAAAAUAGCAUACAUAAAAUUACAUAUAAAUGUUUUUCACGCUUGUGUGUUAAAGAAUUAUGUAGCGACAACAAUGUAGCAAAUUUUUACACAAAUUCCGAGUGAGAAUUUCGAACCGAGAACUUUAUGUUACGUUAUACACGACAAUAAUAAUGUAAUAACAUUGUAAUAAAAGGAUAACUGGCAUGACA